AUGCGGGACAAAGGCGGCUCUGCUCAUAGCCACCAAGCAGCGUCGCUGCGACGGGAGAAGGAGGAGCUGCUUGCCAGACUUGCCCACGCUCAGUCUGUGGCCUCGCUGGCCUGGUCGGCGGCCGACUUGGCAGCGGCGCAGGCGAGGUCGGUGGUGUCUACCUGCCGCACUGUCUGUCGAUCACGGCUAGCAGCACUGGCCAAGGUCCAUGCGGAGAGCCGCGCUCUGGUUGAGGCUCAUAACAAGGCUAUCGCGGCCUUCACCCACCGCAUCCAGCAGUACAAGCUGGCUGCCGAGGCUGGGACCGCAGACGUUGCGCUCUCGGCGGAGAACUCGGCGCAUCUUGCACGCCAGCUCGCCGAUGAGACCAAGCAGCGGGUGCAAGCUCAGGCUGCGCUGGCCGCGCUGCGCGCCGAGAAGUUUGCCGGCGACGAGACCUCGCACAGCCUGCUCGCCGACAUUACCGGCCUGCAAGCAGCACUCGCCGACGAGCGCGAGACCUCCGAGCUGGCCCGCAAAGAGUGCUUCCGGCUCCGCAAGGACCACGAUGCGACCGACGCUGACCGCGAUGCCGCGCUUGCGGAGCGCGAUGCCGCGCUCGCCCGUAUCGAUGCGCUCUCCAAAGCGCUUGCCGACCAGCAUGCCGUCGUUGCCACUGUCGAGGACGAGCUGGCUCUGGCCCAGGCCCAGGUCGAGCCGCUCCGCUCGCGCAACGAGACGCUGGCGCUGAUCAACGCCCGAUUGACCACGCAGGUCAAGACACUCCGUGCGGCAGUGCCGUCCGACAAGCUCGACGAGCUGGACCUCACCGCGUCAUCCGGGGUGGCCACCCCGAAGCUCGACGUCAGUGGGCUCCACACCUCGUUCGAAGACUCGCUCAAGAUGCUUUUCCCGGGCGCCAACUCCCGCGCUGAUGCCGCCUCUAACAACGCUCCGACCUCGCGUUCCGUCCUUAACGCGCUCGCCGCCGCUCGGUCGCGCCGGGUCUCGUCGCUAGCCUUUGUCCGUGACUCGUUGCUUCCUGCAAGCACCGCGCUCAUCGACGAGCUGGCCGAUGCUCAUGCCACAGCCACAGCCAUCAACGAGCGGAACGCCGAGCUGGAGGCCGAGCUCCGCGUGGUGCGGACCGCGACGACUGCAACCAUUGCGACGGCAGCAGCUUCGGCCGCCGCAGCCGCAGCCGCUGGCGCUAGUGCUAGUGCUGGCGCUGGCGCUAACAACGAGGAGGAUGACAAUGAGCCCACUGAUACUGCGUCAGACGGCACUGUCGAGGAGCGGUCGUCGGCAGCGUCGCAGGAGGCGGUUGCAGCCGCGCAGGCUCGCAUCGACGAGCUGCUUGUGAUGCAAGCCAAACUGUCAGACGCGCUCAAGGCUGCCGCAAGCCGAGCGCAGACAACCGAGCUAGUCAUUGCUCGCCUCACCGCCCAGCUCCACUUUGCCCAAGAAGAGUCGCGGGCAGCGCGCCUCUCGACCGAACCGGCGCCAACCGGCUCGGUGGCGCUCAUGUUCACCGACGUGCUGUCGUCGACCAAGCAGUGGGCCGCAAACCCGCAGGUCAUGUCCGAGGCGCUCACCCUCCACAACGCGCUCAUUCGGUCAGUUCUGGCGUCGUUUGGCGGGUACGAGGUCAAGACCGAGGGCGAUGCGUUCAUGGUCGCGUUUUCGUCGCCGCGUUGCGCGGUCGCGGCCGCGCUUGCCAUCCAAGAGCAGCUGCUUGAGGUCGACUGGCCGCCCGAGCUGCUGGAGAAUCCUGCGUCGGCGGUCGAGAUGGCCGACGACGACGGCAUUGAACGGGUCAUCUACCGCGGCCUACGGGUCCGCAUUGGCAUCCACUACGGUGAGCCGAUGGAUGCGCCCGACCCGAUCACCAAGCGCAUGGACUACUUUGGGCCAAUGGUCAAUCUCGCGGCAAGAGUCGAGUCGGUGGCGCAGGGUGGACAGGUUGUCGUCUCGAAUGCACUCCUGGACCAGCUCGCACCCGAGUUCCUCUCCUCGGUCGUAGUCUCGGAACUUGGCAAGCACGAGCUCAAAGGUAUCCCCCAACCCAUUGUUCUUCACGCCAUCGCCACUGAGCUCCUUGCGCUACGCACGUUUGAAGAUCCGGCGGCAGUCGCGGCUGCAAUGCAGGCGGCCAAAGAAGCUAAGGCGGCCAAGACUCUGGCGUUCGAGACCGCAAGUACAUCCGCGCUGGUGACACAUGGUCCUCCGUCCCAACUAGGCUCUCGCUUUGCGACGUCAUCGCUCGCAUCGGCUCUUGUCUCGCCGGCUGGCAUGCGGUCCCACUCGGUCGCCGAACUCCGCCAGUCGCUGCUCAACGAGUCGGUCUCGAUGGCGCUCUCGAUGAUCAACUCGCGACAGCCGACGCCGUCACCGAUGUUUUCGGUCAUGGCUACCGAGCUGCAGGAGAUUUCAAGCGAGAACAAGCGAGUGGAAGAGCUGCUGGCCAACGUUUCGUCCGAGCUCCGCGCCAUGUCGCACGACACCGUCAGCCUGCAGGACACCAUCCGUGAGGUGGCGACCUUUACCGCUGCCGCUGCAUCGCCGGUCAUCUCGCUCCCGCGCGACCUGGUGCUCGACGGCCUUGACUUUCGUCAGCUGCAGGCGCUGCAACGGCAGCAUCUGUGGAUCCGCGAACAAGCAGGCGUCCUGCAGCAGUGGAUCGACGCGCUGGAAGAGACGCUCCGGGACUACCGUACGCAGUCAGUGACCAAUGCUGAGCACGCCGAGCUCCGUACCUCAUAUCAGGCCGCACAAGCCCGCAUCGCCCAGCAGCGCAAGCUGAUCAAGACCCUCAAGGCCGCAGUAACCGCCCAGGCCCGCGAGGAUGCAGGUCUCUCGUCACCAGGUCUCUACAAUUCGAUCUCGCUCUCGAACGCGACGCUGACGGCCACAACCAGCUCGUUGAUCGAGGCCCCAUCCAUGCCUUCGCUGGCGCAAUCUACUCCCCCGCCCAAGUCCAACCCGCCACCGACGACGCGCCACACGCCCGACUCGCGCCCAGCCCCGCUCGCCAGCGUUGUCCAGACUCGCGGGCUUGUCAAGCGUGCAUCAACAGCGUGGCUGGCGCGGAUGCGCGCGUCGGCACUCAAGCGCGAUGCCAAGAAGCACGCCUCCAGGUCGCCGUCUUCGUCCAGCCUCGCAUCGCCCACGACCUCGGCGCUCUCGCGCGCCGGCUCGUCAUCUUGGCGUCCGUGAGAGAACAUGAACAACUGCAUGCCACCA